GGACGGUGGCAGCGGGAAGAGGAAGAGGCGAAGAGAGAAAGGAAGGAGGCCUGGAGAGGAGUAAUGAUCGUGACGACGACGGUCGCGCGAACAAAUGAACACCUCGGCACAGCGUUCGGGAUAUUCCAAGUGAGCAAGAGCUGUGUGAGCAGCGCGGAAUGCGGCCCUGCCUCCGUCGGUUGCAUCCCUGUGGACACGCAGCAGAUUUGCAUGAGUUGCUGCGACCUGAGCUACUGCAACGUCGAGUCGCCCACGAACGCCACCAACGCCAUUUUCUCGCGCAAACGGCGCGCCAAAUCGAAGUCGAAACGCAAACGACCCGGUAGAAACGGGGUCGAGGGCAACCGGUUCUACGGGGGUGGCGGUGGCGCGCUCUGGCUCCUGGCCUCACUCUUCUAUGCAUAUCAUUGCUGAGGGAGCGGAAGAAUUCUAAUUGGAAGAAGACACGCGCAGCCAGCUCGGGGAUGAUGAUCCUUCUCCUGGUGGCACGAGUUUCGCGAGACGUCAUCUAGGAGAGAUCUCGUUUCUUAUCGAACGAAACAACCGAUCCUAUAUCCUUCUAUCGCUCUCUCUCUCGCUCUCUCUCUCAUCUUCUCGACUGAUCGCAUAUCCUUUCUUUUUUCUCUUUUUUUUUUUCCCAUUAUCAUCUCUGCAUUCUCUCGUAUCUCGUAUUAUUAUUCGCCAAUCAUAUCUAUACUAUACUAUACCGCGAAGCUUUGGAAAAAUCUUUGAAAACCUAUCGGUUUCCAUCGCCAUCCCUAUCGACGACGCGGAACAAAUUGCGGGGAAAAACGUGUAUAUUAUUAUCGACACGAUCGAUCGAGUAUCGUUAAGAUAGCGAAAUUAGGAAUCCGUUCAUCUUCUAUUUCCUUCGUUAACCGAUCCGAACCCGACUCCCGAAAACGAAGGGGAGGAGGGUUCGUCGCUCAGGAUCCUUCCACGAUAAAUCCUGCGCUGUCUGAAUAGUAUGUAUAGUAUAUAACCGAGGGCCGAUUCAAAGACUCUCAACAGUGAUGGAAAAAGGAAUUGUUCUCUUCUCGUAGUAGCGUAGUUGCUAUGCCUUGUUAGAAAACGAAAAAGAAAAAGAAAAAAAAGAAAAUAAUAAAUAAAUAAAUAGAAUAAAAAA